AUGGGGGCCAGGCAAGUGCGUUCCCCAGCCAUACCGGGAGGGGUGCAGAGACCACCGCCUCCCCCGCACUGCAGAGCGAGUGGCACUGGAAUCUCCAUUGGACCGGAGCUGCAAGGGGUGGGGGUCAGGCUGGGGCUCCCCAUCCACCCCGAGGGAGCCCACAGCCCAGAUCCCCCAAAAGGGGCGAGGGUCGCACAGCGCCCCCCCCCCACCCGGGACCCGCCGCAGGGCGCCCCCAAGCGGCCGCCACGGGAAGGGGGCGAGCGGCACCGGCCACGCCCCCUCGUGGGGAACCCGGAUUCGGGUCGCGGCCCCUUUAAAUGGAGGCGCCGCUCGGAGCCCUCAACGCGCUGCAAGCCGACGGGGGGGCGGCGGCGGCGCCCUAUUGGCUGUGCGGAGCGAGGGACGCGCUCUGAUAGGCCGCGGUGCGGCCGGGGCUCGCGAGACUCGCUCACCAGCAGCUACCGCGGAAACGCGGAGCGGAGCCCCGAGUGCGGGAGCGGCGCCACAGCCCGGAUCGCCACGGGCGCCUGGAAAACCUGGGGCGGAUCCGCCCGGCGGAGCGGGUCCGGGCGGGCGGGCAGCACGGAGCCGGGCGCGGGUGACGGCCGCGGUCUGGCGGGGCACGGCGGGGUGCGGGGGUGGAGCACGGCGGCGGUCGCGGGCCGGAACGGGGCGCCCCGGUUCCCGCCGGUGCCCACGCGGCCACCCGCAAAGCGCGGAGCGGAUCGCACGGAAUGGGCUCGCCACCCCGCUCCCCGCCCCCCCCUUAACCCUCUCGCUGCCGCCUCUCCCGGCCCCAGCCCCGCUGCCGUCCCGGGGCGUCCGGUCCGGCCGCACCGCCACGGCCUCUACCUGCCCGCGGGGGGACCCACCCGGCCGAGCCCGGGCGCCGCCACCGCCUCCCCGAAGCCGGAGCGUCUCCCCGGGGCGGUGAGUGACAGCGCGGCCGGGCGGGGCUUCCGCGGGGGCCCGGGACGCGGCACCGCCCCCGGGAGGGACCGCCCGGGCCGGCGCCCCCCAUUCCCGGCACCGCCUCCCCCGGGAUCCCCUCCCGUGCCGCGCUCCCGCCGCACCGCGCGGAGCCCGGCACGGUGCGCUUCCCCAGCCGUGACAGCGCCCACCCGGCCUCGCCGCCCGCGGCGCCCCUUCCCGCUCCCUCCGUGCCCCCCCGCCUCGCCGGGGGUCUCCUGCCGGCGGGACCCGGGCCCCUCCUCUCAGCGGGGCGGCAUCCAGCUCUCGGGGCGCCCGCUCCACCGGGGGCUCUGCCAGCGCUCCCGCCCCCGGGAACCCGCGGCUGAGCGUGGGCUGGGAGCGGGGCACAGCCGGGAGCGGGCGCUCCGCGGGGGCUGUGAGCCCCGGGUCACCGCGCCCGGCAGCGGGCUGGCCGCGGGCGCGGCACCUGCCCCGCUGAGCGGGCGGGAGGCUUUAUUGCAAGGCGGCGGAACGACACCCGCCCGAGGCACGGUGCGAGCGCGCUGCCAGGGGCCGGAGCCGCCUCCCCGCGCGACGGGCACGGCGUCCGGACGACGCGGGGGAGCGCGCGGCUGGACGCCGCCAGCAGCGGGCACGGGGAUGGACUGUGUCUGGAGGAGAGCGGACCGGCACAGGGCGGCCCCGCGGCGCUGCCCGGCCCCGCAGGUCCCGCCCCCUUACGGCGGCCGCUGUGAGUGA